AUGGGAUACCCUAUGGCUGUCAAUCUAGUUAAGGGACUUGGGUCAUCCAAGUCUUUUCUGACAGUGAAUGUGAACCAAGAAGCCCUGAAUGAGUUUCAGGAUGAGGUCAAGGGUUUCGGCAAAGUGUCGGUCGUCCAGAACGUCUACGAGGCAACUAAGGCAGCGUACAUUGUUAUCACUAUUCUGCCAACAGUUACCGCAGUUGAGGCCGUCUACUUAGACCCCAACACGGGCAUCCUAGCCGGUGCUAUAGCAGCUACUACAUAUAGCAGCCCAACAAAUAAGCUUCUCAUAGAAUGCGGUACCAUUGAGACUGCCAUAAUCAAAAAGCUUGCUGAAGCUGUGGAAGAAGCUUCAUUAAAGAUGUCUAACACACUAUCUUUCGUUGAUGCUCCUGUCUCCAGUAGUCCUAUGGGUGCUAUUGCUGGCUCACUUACAUUCAUAGUUGGCGUUCAUCAAGCUAAGUCUGCAAAAGUCUUCCCCCAGAUCAUUAACAACUACCUCAGCGUUAUCACCUCAGUAGCUGCAGCCGAAGCGCUCAACAUUGGCGUCAAGGCUGGCUUAGAUCUGAAGCUUCUAUUGGAUGUCAUCAAUGUUAGCGGCGGUCAGUGCUGGGUGACUUCCAAGGCUAAACCUGUGCCCAGGGUGAUGCCGAAUUUGCUGAGUUUGAAUAGAUAUGUUGGUGGCUUUCGCAUAGAACCGUGUGAGAAGGUAUUGCAGAUGGGUUCGAUGUUGACUGAGGAUGUUGGCAUAAAGACGGUUCUGGAUAGGCCGGCUAAAGCGGCUUUUCAGGAGGCCAUGAGGGAUGAACGAUAUAAAGGUAAGGAUGCGCAGUUUUAA